UUGUUAUACGUAAUUCAAAACAGUGGUUUCCGACUCUCCGGUGAACGCCGAAAGAUCUAGGACGCACACGUGGAUAUCAAUCGCCAUGUAAGCCGUUGAUUUGAUUCCCCACCGAACUUCUACUAAUACCUAUUUAUAGUUACCGGUCCUCAUCAGUCGUUCCUUCAAAAUUAAAUCCACCGACUCUUCUGCGCAGCUUCGGAAUUUCGUUUUGCUUAUGCCAAGAACGAAGCCCAAAAGCAUAACAAAUGCCAACAAGAAGAUAAAGAAGAAAAAGGCUUUAAUGGUUGAAGCAACUAAUGCUCUCGUGCCUGUUCCUGCCCCUCUCUCCUGUCCUGAACUAGCCCCUGUUUCUGCUCCUGCCACUAAUGGCAGUGUUGCUGGUUCUCAGGGAAAGGGGAAGGACAAGGACAAUUCAGAACGACUCUCUGGUUUCAUAUUUUUGUGUAAUGGAAGGACAAAGCCAGAGUGCUACCAAUAUCGUGUUUUUGGGCUUCCUGGGGGGAGAAGGGAAGUUCUAGAGAAGAUCAAUGUUGGUACAAAGCUUUUCUUGUUUGAUAUUGAUCUAAAGCUUCUCUAUGGUGUAUAUGAUGCAACCUCAAGCGGAAAAUUGAACUUGGAACCGGCUGCUUUUGGAGGGAGGUUUCCUGCACAGGUGAGGUUUAAUAUUUACAAGGAUUGUCUUCCCCUGCCGGAGAGUGCUUUCAAAAAUGCAAUACAGGAUAACUAUCAGGGUGCCAAAUUUAGUCAAGAACUCACUGGCCAGCAAGUAAGGAAUCUGUUAUCCUUAUUUCGUCCAGUUGCUGCAUCUUCAUCAGCACCUGUGCCCCCUUCAAUACCAUAUAUGGCCCGACCGCAGGCAAUGCCACCUCCACUGUCGGAGGAUCAGUUCCAUCCCUCAGUGAGGUUUCCUCCUCCGAAGGAUUCGUAUAUGGCCGGGAUGCAACAUGGUCAUGCUCCAUCAAUAAUGGAACCUUUAUGUGUUCAGCAAAUUCCUUUAACCUCACAGCAUGAAUGGUAUCGAACCAACGCAACCACGGGUCAUAUCCAUCCAACUAUUGAGCAGCAACGUCUGCCAGCUCCCAGUGACCCAUAUUAUCUUGCAGAAACUCAACAGCCAUUCUUGGUUGCAGACACUGCUCAGACUGUUCAAGACCUAUACUUCAGACCAGAGUUCAGAGUCCAGACAAUCAACUGCAAACCGGCAAGGAAUCGAAUUUCCUCUUUUGGUUGUCAAUGAAUGACAUAAAUUGUCUUUAAUUGGGAAUUGUAUGAAGACUUUUGAUAAAAUAUGUGUUGACACCAACUAGACAGAUUAUUAUUAUUUUUUUUUUAUAAGUAAGAUUUUAUUAAAAACGCUCAAAAAGGGGAGCGAAACCCAAAGAAACAAAAGGAACACAAGGGCCAAAGGGCGCCUUAGACCUUCAGAGAGGCCAAAAAAACAAUAAUUUCCUCCAUAGAUCUAUAAUCUCUCCUUGAAACCCAACAAAAAAGAGUAAAAAUAACAGAGAACUUAAGCAUAGAAAUAGGCUUCUUUUUCCCGUCAAAAUAUCUCUUAUUUCUCUCAAGCCAAAUACACCACCAGAUACAGAGCGGCGUAGCCCUCCAAGCAUCCCUAAUGCCAGCCCCAACAGAGACGCCUCUCCAAGCCUCAAUCAACCCUCUAGAGGAGAAAGGCAUAGCCCAAUGAACCCCAAAUAAAUGAAGCAUCAAAUCCCAACAAUCUCUGGCCAUGCUGCAAUGUAAAAGGAGGUGAUCAAUAGACUCUUCAUGACACAAGCACAUGUAACAGUGAUUGACCACCAUCUGAUUCCUCCUCCUCAGAUUUUUUAGGGUUAAAAUAUUACCCAGAACAGAGGUCCAAGCAAAAAAGGCGACCUUGCGAGGAGCCUUGGACCGCCAAAUAGACUUCCAAGGGAAGGGAUCUCCAUGACUAAACGAAAGGCAUCUGAAAAAGGACCUAACCUCAAAACGGCCAUGCGUGGUAGGAAUCCAGAACCACCGAUUUGAUCCCCUAAUAGAAAACACCUGGCUAUACAACAACUCCAGAAAACGAGAAACAUCCUCGAUCUCCCAAUCCUGAAAAUGCCUCCUAAAACGAACAUCCUAACACAAUCUCCCGUUAUCAAGAUGAUAACAGUCGACAACCAUGGCCUGUCGAUGAGAAGCAAUCCUGUAGAGCCGUGGGAACGCGAGAGCAAGAGGGAGAUCCCCACACCAGAGAUCCAACCAAAAACUGAUCCUCCUUCCAUCUUUAAUACGAAAACGAACAUGCUUGCAGAAAUCAUCCCAACCCCUCCGAAUACAAUGCCAAACUCCCACUCCCCUUGGACCACGCAUUUCCAGGGAGCACCACCCACCACGACUUUCCCCAAAUUUGCAAGCAAUAACUUUCCUCCAUAACCAAUGCCUCUCGAUCCCAAACCUCCAGAGCCAUUUACCAAGAAGAGCCUUAUUAAAAGGUAACAACCUCCGAAACCCUAAGCCUCCAAACCGAAUUGGACGGCACACUUGUUCCCAUCGAACCAAGUGAAAUUUGAACUCUUCACCUUUCCCCCCCCAAAGGAAGUUGCACUGCAAUCUCUCAGCCACUGAAGAAGGAAUCUAAAACAGAGACAAGAAGUAUGUAGGCAGACUAGAAAGGGUGCUCUUAAUCAGGGUAACCCGACCCCCUUUGGACAGGUACUGCUUUUUCCAACCCGCCAACCUCCUUUAGACUCUGUCCACAACCGGAUCCCAGCUCUCGACACAUCUCGACGGAGCACCCAAAGGCAAUCCUAAAUAAGAAAUGGGAAAAGAGCCAGUGCAACAGCCAAGGAUGUGAGCAAACACCUCAAUCUCCGGAACAUCCCCAACAGGCACAAGAAUACUCUUACCAACAUUAACCUUAAGGCCAGAAACAACUUGAAACCAGAUCAAAGCGCAUCUCAAAUACCUCAACUGGGACUCAUCCGCAUCACAAAACAUAAUAGUGUCAUCUGCAAACAUCAAAUGAGAAACCUCCAAUUGACUAGCAACAUUCCUGCCCACCCGAAAGCCACUCAAAAAACCCAGAUCCACAGCCCUCUUUAGCAAUCUGCUAAGAGCCUCCAUCACAAAAAGGAACAGGAAAGGGGAAAGCGGAUCCCCUUGUCUCAAACCCCUCGAGCUAGAUAAGAAACCCGACGGCGCUCCAUUCACAAGGACAGAGAAACGAGCGCUAGAGAUGCAAAAAAGAAUCCAUCUCCUUCAUCGCCCACCGAAUCCCAUCCUCUCUAACAAGUAGAGAAGGAAACUCCAGCUCACAUGAUCGUAUGCCUUUUCAAUAUCUAGCUUACAAAGAACACCCGGAACACCGCUGCUCAAACGGGAAUCAACACAUUCACUGGCAAUAAGAACAGAAUCCAGGAUCUGCCGACCUCCCACAAAAGCAUUAUGAGAGUCAGAAAUGACACCAUCUAUUACCUUCUUCAACCUAGAGGCCAAGACUUUCGCAAUCAACUUGUAAAAACAUCCCACCAAACUAAUAGGGCGGAAGUCUCUAACAUCCAUUGCCUCUCCGUUCUUCGGAAUAAGAACAAUAAAAGUUGCAUUCAAACUUUUCUCAAAAGAACCCUGUGCAUGGAAGACAUGAAAAGAACCCAUCACCUCUUCACGAACCACCUCCCAACACUCCAAUAGGAACCUCAUAGUAAAACCAUCCGGACCAGGAGCUUUAUCCCCAUUACAGCUCUUCAGAGCAGAGAGAACUUCCUCUUCUGAAAAAGGCUCUUACAAAACAGAGCCCUCCUCUCCCGAAAUAGAGUCAAAAUGAAGCCAAUCAAGCAAAGGACGCCAAUCAGCUGACUCAGUGAACAAAGACGAAAAGUACUCGGAAAAGCUCUUACUAAUCUCCUCCUCUUUAUUAAUCACCACCCCAUCCACCCUAAUCCUCCCAAUGUGGUUGCCCCUUCUGUGAGCAUUAGCAAGUCUAUGAAAGAAUUUAGUGUUAUUGUCACCUUCUUUAAGCCACAAAGCUCUAGAUUUCUGUCUCCAUGAAAUCUCAUCCAAAACAGCAAUCUCAGCAAACUCUGCUUGACACUCCACCCUCCUAAGUCUCAAAGGACCCGUCAAAAGACCCUGAUUCUCCAUCUUAUCAAUGUCAGCUAUCUCAGAUAGAACCCGAUUCUUUCUCCAGACUAAGUUACCAAACACCUCUUUGUUCCAGACUUUAAGAUCAUUCUUCAAAAAGCGUAACUUGCCUGCCAAAGUAUGACUCGGAGUGCCAACCACUCCAUACCCCGCCCACCAGGAUCGAACUCGCUCCAAGAAACCUUCAGUCCGGAGCCACAUAUUCUCAAAUCUAAAUGGGGAUCUUCUGCUACGCAGCCCGCCACAGUCCAACAGCAACGGAACAUGAUCAAACAAAGGACGAGCCAAAAUGGUCUGAACAACAUCAGAAAACUUCACCUCCCAAUCACUCGACACCAAAAAUCUAUCAAGACGAGAAAGUGUGGGAGGAGAACGACCACUUGACCAAGUGAAAGGCCCACCCACCAAAGGCAAAUCAAGCAAGCAGCAAGUAUCAAUAAACUCUGAGAAAGCCUCCAUAUCAGCUGUCCAUCUGUCCCCUGUCGAUCUCUCAAAAGGGGAACGAACAACGUUGAAAUCCCCCCCGAUACACCAAGGCAACGACCAUCGCCUACGAAUCUCCCCCAGCUCCUCCAAAAACAAAUGGCACUCAUUAUCCUCCGUAGGCCCAUAGACUCCAGAAAAAACCCACCGAAAGCCAUCCUCCACCAUGGAUAGAAGACAAGAAACCGAGAACCGCUCAGCCUGAGAAUCCAGCAAAGAGAUCUAACGGACAUCCCACAUAAUCAGGAUACCACCCGAAGAGCCAACCACAUCCAACGCACACCACUCCACGAAUCUCCCACCCCACAAACUUUGAACAAUCACAUCCGUCAUGGAAGCAAUCUUUGUUUCUUGAAGACAUACAAGAUGACCACCCGCUUUCCGAAUCACCGAUUUCACCACUUUCCUUCUAGCCGGGUCAUUAACACCCCGGACAUUCCAUGAGAGAAUUUGGAGCUUCAUAGGGAAACAGUAGAAUUAACCGUCUCACCCCUCCUCCCACUGGCCCUCUCCCUAGCCCCCCUCCUCCUCCUUUCAUAAGUAACAACAGUCGAGGGACUUGGAACCCCUCUCUCCUCACUCACCACUGGAGCACUCCCCCUACAAUCCAUUCUAUCAGCAAACUGAGCAUUAAGAACAUCUAGGAAUAGAUUAGUCGCCUCCUCCAUCCGACCCUCAAAUGACACACCCAAAAGAGAACCUAUCUCGACACCAUUUUCUUUCAUCCAAUCAUUCUCUGAAUCAGCCAACCCUGCAUCAAAUUCCCUUCCUUCCGCAAAAUUCUCUUCUGGUCUAACGACUGCCAAAGGUGUAAGCAAGUCAACAUCGGACUCACAUCCGUUCCACACAACCAUUCCCGCAUCCCCAUGAACAGAGGAACACGACCCAUCCUCCCCAAACUCAACAGAAGACACAGAUGGAGAGCAACAACAAAGAGGAGUUCCAAACACCUCCUCGGCCAAACGUUCAUUCCGUUCAGUGACAGGGCCCUUCGACACAAGAUGAGUUCUCAAUUCAUUCAAGAGCACAGCAGCUGAAACAUCAUCAAUCCAUAUCUUCACAUCUCGACCCACACACGUAGUAAAUCCGUCACUGUUAACAUCACACAACCGAGUAGAACCCACCUCAAAAUCACCAUCGUCACCAUGUCUUUUCUCAAAACCAAGCACCGGCUCCUUCUCAAAAACCGGAGAUAAACAUUGUGACACAGAAGACGCAACUCCCUUUUUCGGCUCCAAACUCCUUCGAGACACCCCGUAAGGAUGAAAAGUGGAAGAAGAAGGGAGAGAGAGAGUAAUUAGGCGAAGCAAAGGACAUACCCGAUCCAGCGGCGAACUGCGAAGCCGGAAUCCACUUCUGCUUUUCCUUUCGAGACCAUUUUUUGCGUACAGGGGGAAAGAUCACUUUCUUCUUCAUACGGUGGCCUUGCACCUGCCCCUUAGCACGUCUACUUCUUCUAGAGCCUUCAGGAAACUCUCUGUUCGACUGAACUUCAAUGAUAUCAAUACCAUCACUUAAAGGCCCAAACCGGUUGCCCAACACUGGCCCAGAAGAAACAAUAGUAGAAUCCGGUCCUUUCUUCAAUUCACAACCCACAACAACGGAUCCUUGUCCACCACAUACAACAUCCAAAGUUUGGGCCGCACUACCUCCAUCCGGCCCAGCAGAUGGCACUUUAUCCCUUAGCCCAAAAUUAGGCCCAGCCAUCGACUUAACCCCAAAUUCGGCCUUUCUUUUAUUCGUAGCCCAAGACUUUGAAACAAAAGUGAAUGCAGCUGUCAUCCACUUUGAACGGCCAAGUCUUCUGCGCCAACCACGUGUAAGGCCUUCAUCACUCACCCUCCCACGCGCUUGAUUGACGUGAGAAACAUCAUGACGACGCUCCUUUCUCCACAUCUGCAUGAACGCCGGCCGGCCAAGACCGAUGAAACCACCCUCCUUAUGCCUUUCCCGGGAUCUCUCUUGCCUUCGAACACCAAUUCCAUCCGAUAAGCCUUCUUUCCUUCUCAGAGAGAAAAACCUCCUAAAACAGUCCGAGUUUCGCUUCCAUAAAUCGUCCCUCCAUUCCUCCCAUCUCUGAAACUCAGCCAAACCUUUCUUCCCCAACGAUUCCCACCUUAACCAUUCUUUCUCCUUCAGCAGGUGCGAACCAUCACCUCCUUCCAAGCUAUUCGUUGUCGGAACAAGCUCAGGAGGCUUCUCUUCCCACACCUUCACUUUUUAGCAGAGACGAUCAUCGUGGAUGAAAACAAAAGAAGGACAAACCUUGCCGUCGGACACUGUAAUGCGAACCCUUUCAGCGUCAAUUGUUUCAUCGGCAUCCACCCAAAUGAAACCACCGCAUAGAUCGCCGACCAUAACAAACAAGGCAUGACUCCAAAGAUGGAGCAGGAGACCGUACAAUGUCACAAACUUCAGACCCUUACCCUUCAAUACCUCGGAACACCCCACCCUAAAACACCAAGAUUCCAAUCGAAGUGUGGCCGUCCCCCAAACACGACGACUUUCUUUAAGCACACGAGACGCCUCCUUUGGAGAAGGAAAACGAAAAAGCAACAACGAAUCCGGUAGAGGUGAGAUAACAACCCCGGGAGAAACCUUCCAAGCACGAGAAGCCCAAGCCGCGAUUUGAGCCCAAUCACCCACGUCCUUGUCGAACUUUCCUACUAAACACGAUCGAAGGUCCUCUCUUCUUUUUUCCACCGAAUCAUUAUCCAGAAAAAACGAAUGCCCUCGAUAAGUGUUUGCAGAUCUAACAGAUCCGCCUUGAAACAGACGGGGCAACCUCACAACAUCCACGAACGACCUCAUCAGGAGUUUCAAGGGGCUUAUACCAUAUACAUUUUUUUCGAUAUAUUUUUCAAGUCGAAGCGUGUAGUCAAAGGGCUUUUUAUCCGUUAAAUGAAGUGGAUAGACAGAUUAUUUCAACUGCAAACUGGCAAGGAAUCGAAUUUCCUCUUUUGUCUGUCAAUGAAUGACAUAAAUUAAUCGAAUUUCACCUUCCAGUUCCAAUAAGAUAUGCUAUUUAUUCAAACUGACAAUUUAAAUUAGGAAAUUUUAAAACAAUUUAAUUAAUUUCUUAAUUUUUCAAUGAUAUAUACCAGGAAAGAGUCGAAAGACAAUGAUCUACAACAAUGAUAUGCUAUUGAAAAAUAAAAUAAAAGAAGAGCCAAGACGAGAGAAGAAGAAUAGAGAAAAAAUAAAAAAAAUAAAAGAAGAGCCGAGAGAAGAAGAAUAGAGAAAAAAAUAAAAAAAAAAGGCCAAGAAGAGCCGAGACUUGAGAGAAGAAGAAGAAUAAAUAAAAAAUAAAAAUAAAAAAUAAAAAAAUAGAGAAAAAAAAUAAAAAUAAAAAAAAAUAAAAGAAGAGCAAGACUUAAGAGCCGAGACUCGAGAGAACUGACUGCCGAGAGAAGGAAAAAAAAAAUCUGAGAGUCUGAGACUGAGAGAUCUGAGAAGCAAGAAGGAGAGAAGAAGAAGAGGGGGAAGGAGAACUUAUUGGCUUCGCAGAUCCGGCAGAUCCAAGACUCCAAGCUUCGCAGAUGAGGCUCCGAGCUCGUACUUCUCUGUCCUUUUGCUUUUUGGUAACUUGGUUCUCCUUUUUUCUUUUUCUUUUUCUUUUGUAGUCUUGUAUAGGUUUUGUAAUAAAAAAAUAAAAACUAAACAAACAAUAAACAAAUAAUAAACCCAUACACAACCAAAAUAAUAACAAAAAAGUAAAAAAAAAAAAAAUUUCAAGCAGGCACGCCUUUAGAGCGCCUGUAGCCUUGCGCCUAUUCCUGAGAGGCGCUCGCCUAGUACAAGGAAGUCGCCUUGAGACAAUCAAGGCGCCAAGGUGGCCCCUGGAGGCGCCUUGCGCCUCAGGCGCACGCCUUCGGUGCCUUUAACAACUAUGCUACCAUUCUUGAUCCGAAAACGAACAUGCUUGCAGAAAACAUCCCACCCCCUCUGAAUGAAAGACCAAACCCCCACCCCCUGGGACCACGCACCUCAAGAGAGCUCCAACCACCACUAUUCUCCCCAAACUUGCUCGCUAUAACUCUCCUCCAAAACCAACGCCUCUCAACCCCAAACCUCCAAAGCCAUUUCCCAAGGAGAGCCUUAUUGAAAUGUAACAACCUCCUUAACCCUAAGCCUCCAUAUCGAAUCGGACGGCCCACUUAAUCCCACCGAACCAGAUGAUACUUAAACUCCUCUCACCCCCCACCCCAAAAGAAAGUUGCACUGCAAUUUCUCAAUUCUCUCAGCCACUGAAGAAAGAAUCUGAAAAAAAGGGAGAUAAAUAAUUGGGAAGGCUAGAAAGGGUGCUCUUAAUCAGCGUGACCCUGCCGCCCUUUGAGAGGUAUUGCUUUUUCCACCCUGCCAACCUCCUUUCAAAUCUAUGCACAACAGGAUCCCAGCUCCUCGUACAUCUCGAAGGGGCUCCCAAAGGCAACCCUAAGUAAGAAAUUGGAAAAGAGCCAGUGUGACAGCCAAGAAUCUGAGCAAAUAUCUCAAUCUCAGGAGCAUCCCCAACAGGCACAAGAACACUCUUACCAACAUUCACCUUGAGGCCAGAGACAACUUGGAACCAAAUCAAAACACAUCUCAAAUACCUCAGUUGGGACGCAUUAGCAUCACAAAGCACUAAAGAAUCAUUAGCAAACAUCAAGUGGGAAGUCUCCAGUUGACAAGUAGCAUCCCUGCCCACCCGAAACCCUCUUAAAAAACACAACUCCACAGCCCUCUUCAUCAAUCUUCAUCACAAAAAGGAACAAGAAGGGAGAGUGCGGAUCCCCUUGUCUCGAGCCCCUCGAACUUGAGAAAAAUCCCGUCGGAGCCCCAUUCACAAGGAUAGAUAACCAAACACUAGAGAUGCAAAAAAGAAUCCAUCUCCUCCAACGCUCACCAAACCCCAUCCUUUCCAACAAGUAUAGGAGGAAACUUUAACUCACAUGAUCAUACGCCUUCUCAAUAUCCAGCUUGCAUGAAACACCCGGAACCCCACAACUCAAACGAGAGUCCACACAUUCACUAGCAAUAAGAACUGAAUCCAAAAUCUGUCUACCUCCCACGAAGGCAUUCUAAGAAUCAGAGAUGACGCCAUCCAUAACCUUUCUCAACCUGGAAGCCAAGAGUUUAGCAAUCAACUUAUAAAAACAUCCCACCAAACUAAUGGGGCGAAAAUCCCUUACAUCCAUCGCCCCUCCCUUCUUUGGAAUAAGAGCAAUAAAAGUGGCAUUCAAGCUCUUCUCAAAAGAGCCUUGAUCAUAGAAAGCGUGAAAAGAACCCAUCACCUCCUCACGAACAACCUCCCAACACUCCAAAAGGAAUCUCAUAGAAAAUCCAUCAGGACCUGGGGAUUUAUCCCCGUUACAACUCUUCAAAGCAGACAAAACUUCCUCUUCCGAAAAAGGUUCUUCCAAAAUAGAGCACUCCUCACUCGAAAUAGAGUCAAAGUGAAGCCCAGCAAGCAAAGGUCGCCAACCAGCUGGUUCAGUGAACAACCUCGAAAAGAAAUCAGCAAAACCCUUACAAAUCUCCUCCUCUUUACAAAACAACUCCCCAUCCACCCGAAUCCUCCCAAUGUGAUUGCCCCUUUUGUGAGCAUUGGCAAGUCUAUGAAAAAAAUUUGUAUUAUUGUCGCCUUCCUUGAGCCACAAAGCUCUAAACUUCUGCCUCCACGAAAUCUCCUCCAUAACAGCGAUCUCAGCAAACUUUGCCUGACACUCCACCCUCCUAAUCUUCAAGGGAACCGGCAAAAGACCCUGACCCUCCAUCCUAUCAAUAUCAGCAAUCUCAGAAAGAACCCGAUUCUUCCUCCAAGCCAGAUUUCCGAACACCUCUUUGUUCUAAACUUUAAGAUCAUUCUUCAAAAGACGUAACUUGCCUGCGAGAGAAUAACUUGGAGUGCCAACCACUCCAUACCCUACCCACCAGGAUCAGACUCGCUCCAGAAAACCCUCAGCCCGAAGCCACAUAUUCUCAAAUCUGAAAGGGGACCUUCUACUCCGCAACCCACCACAAUCCAACAUCAAAGGAACAUGGUCCGACAAAGGACGAGCCAAAGUGGUCUGAACAACAUCAGAAAACUUCUCCUCCCAAUCACUCAACAAAAGAAAUCUGUCAAUUCGAGAGAGAGUAGAAGGAGAGCGACCACUAGACCAAGUGAAAGGCCCACCCACCAAAGGCAAAUCAAACAAACAAUAAGCAUCAAUGAACUCUGAGAAGGACAACCUCUCAAAAAGAGAACGCACAACAUUGAAAUCCCCACCGAUACACCAAGGCAGCGACCAUCUCCUUCGAAUCUCCCCCAAUUCCUCCCAGAGCAACUGACAAACACUAUCCUCUAAAGGAUCAUAGACGCCAAAAAAAACCCAACGAAAUCCAUCCUCCACCAUAGAAAGAACACAGGAAGCUGAGACUGAGAGUCCAACAAAGAGACCCACCAGUUAUCCCACAUAAUCAGGAUACCACCCGAAGAGCCAAUCGCAUCCAAGGCAAACCAGUCCACAAAUCUCCCUCCCCACAAGCUACGAACAAUCACAUUCGUCAUCGAGGCAAUCUUGGCUUUUUGCAAACACACAACAUGACCACCCCCAUUCCUAAUAAUCGAUUUCACCACUUUCCUUUUAGCUGGAUCGUUAAGACCUCGGAUAUUCUAUGAAAGAAUUUGUAUCUUCAUAGGGAAACAAUAGAGUUGACAGUUUCUCCCCUCCUUCCACUAACCCUUUCCUUAGACCCCUUACUUCUCCUUUCAUAAGUGACGAAAGUCAAGGGGCUCGGCACCCUCCUCUCCUCCCUCCUCACCGGGGAGCUCCCCCUACUCUCCCUACUUCCCAUUCUUUCAGCAAACUGAGAAUUAAGCACAUCAAGAAAUAAACUUGUUGCCUCCUCCAUCCGACCCUCAAAAGAAACUCCCAGCAGGGAACCCACCUCAACCCCCUUUUCCCUUAUCCAAUCAUUCUCCAAAACAGCCACAUUUGCAUCAAAACCAGUCCCAUCCGCAGCAACCCCUUCCGGUCUAACCACAGCCAAAGGGGUAAGCAACUCACAGUCAGACUCACAUCCGUUCCACAAAACCAAUCCCAAAUCCCCAUUAAAAGGGGGAGCACGACCCAUCCUCCCCAACCUCCACAGCCAACGAGGAAGGAGAGCAGUAAGACUGCGGAGUCCCAAACACCUCUUCUGCUAUGUGACCCCCCUGUUCAUUCUGAAAACCUUUCAAAGCAAGAUGAUUCCGUAGUUCUUUCAAAAGCACAGAAGCUGAAUCAUUAUCCAAAGAAAUCUUCACAUCACGUCCCACGCAAACAGUAACACAUUCUCCCUUGCACUCAACAGAUCGAGAGUGGCCCAACCCACCAACCUUACAGUCCUCGAGCAAAUCUCCCCACCCACUCACCACCCCAUCGUAACUAAGGAGAGGUUUCUGGAAACAGAUUUCGACCUCGCCGAGGGCUCAUUCACCAUCACUGAAGAAGGAGAUGGGGGAGCAGAUGAAGGAAAAACAGAGGAGAAACUUUAAACAGAAACGGACUUACCCGGAUCAAGCACUGCACCUGGAACCCACUUCUGUUUUUCCUUCCGAGACCAUCUUCGACGAAAGGGAGGGAUAAAAACCCGCUUCUUAGACCUCAGACGAUGCCUAUGUUGAUGCUUCCAAAUUCGCCGUCCAACUGAGAUCAAAGAUGAACCAGACGGUUGGGCCAAUGGACCAUCAAACGAGGAGGGCAGUGGUCCAAAACAGUUAGCCACUUCAAGGCCAGAGCAAAAAGGCCCGGAAAAAACAGGCUCGGAGGAAACAGGCUGAGAACCCGACCCAUCCAGAAACCCACAGCCCAACCCAGCAGAGGUACUUUCCAUGCCUUCAGAAACAACAAAUUGGGCCGCUUUACCUCUAUCAAGACCACAACGUACUGGAUCUUGCACACCAUUAAGGAUAGGCCCAGCAAGAGGCCCACAAUCGGCCCACAAGAGUCCUGAGCCCACACCACUAACUCUUUUUUAAAUGGCCCAACAUCUAGCCCACCAACGCCUGAAACCACCUUAUCCAUUCCUGACCGCACAACUGAAUUUGAAUUAGAGCCAGCUGUAACCCAUUUGGAACGGGCAACACUUCUGCGCCAACCAUGUAAGGGCAUCUUUGCUCCCCCACCCACGCGCCGGCUGCGCGUGAAAACCAUUCCUUUGAAAUCUUUGAUCCCAUCUCUGUAACUGACAGCCAGUGGUAAAGCCGCCGCUACUCUGAACUUUCCAACCACCUACCGACAAGGAAGAAGAGCUUUCUCACCUUCUUUGAGUGAAAAUUCUUCUAAAGCAUGCUAUAUUACGAUCCCAAAGCUUAUCCCUCCAAGCCUUCCAUCGCCGGAAAUCAGCCAUCCCCUUCUCGCCCAUAGAAGCCCAUCUCAACACUUACCUCCUUCAACAAGUGAGACCCACCCCCCCACUCCAAGCUGUCAGUUGUCGGAACAAGUUGAGGAGGCGUUUCCUCCCAAACUACCACGUUGUAACAAAAACGAUCAUCAUGAACAAAAAUGAACGGCGGGCAAGCACGACCAUCAGCCACAGUGAUCCGAACCUUCUCAGCAUCAAGGGACUCAUCAGCAUCCACCCAAAUGAAACCUCCACACAAAUCCCCAACCAUCACAAAAAGAGCGUGACUCCAAAGAUGUAAAGGGAGGCCAUACAAUGUUACCAUCUUCAACCCUUGCUCUUUCAGAACCUCGGAGCAGCCAACCUUGAAACUCCAUUAAUCCACACAAAGAGUUGCCUUCCCCCAGUCACGUUGCCCCUCCUUAAGCACUCUUUCUGCUUCCGCCGAAGAAGGAAAACGAAAAAGGAGCAAAGAAUCCGGCAGAGGCGACACUACCAUAGUCGGAGACACUUUCCAAAUACGCGAGGCCCAAUCUGCAAUCUGAGCCCUAGAUCCCACUUCUUUGUCGAAUUUCCCAACCAAACAAGAUCUCAAAUUCUCUCUCCUCUUACCCGUUGAGUCAUCAUCCAAGAAAAACGACAACCCUCUGUACGUAGAAGUUGAUCUCGCCGAGCCUCCUUGAAACAAACGAGGGAGUCUCGCAACCUCCAAGAAAGAACGCAUAACAAAAACCAAACCACAAGAGAGGAAAGAGAGAGAACCAAAGAAAGUGACUGAGGAUUUCACUGGAGUAGAUGACUCCGGUGACUGGUCGGAGUAGUAGGCUCAAGCCGCGUCUCUGUCACAAGAAACUCUCUCUCUCAUGGAUGAAUGCAUGAUUUAAAAACAACCACAUAUAUGAAUGCAUGAUUUUUAUGUUUUAUAUUUCUCUUUCUCUUUCCUUUCUAAAGGAGCAUUGGAAUUCAUAUGUACUGCUGUUAUAUUAAGGUAGGGUGAGGUUUUGGUCUCUACUUUUUAAAAUGCCUAAAUUAUCCUUAUUAUUUGAUUUGAAGUAUAAUAAUUAGGGAACAAAAUAGUUAGGUUAUACCACUAGUUUGUUAGACUGGUAUUUCCUUGUACUCUCAAAGGGGGAGGUGAAGGGCUAAAGUCCCCAUUGGGAUGUAGAUGUUGGUCAGUUUUAUUCUGAAUUUCUGGCCGUAGCUUGUUGAUGAUCGGCUUUUGGUCCUGAGUGUCUCUUUUUUUUUUUUUUUUUUUUUUUUUGAAUGGAAGGAAAUUUUAUGAACAAAUGAAGAGAAAAAAGGUACCGGGGCAAUAAGUGAGGGCAUUCCCUCUGUGCAGAAAAGGAAAAAUUAACAAUAAAGAAAAGAUUGUGAAAGCACUUUUUUCAAGUUCCUCUUAAGAAGCCCAUCAAACAUUAAAAAGCAGCCUAAGUAGUAAUAUCAUCCUCAAGUGAAAUCCUAGCCACAUCAAGACAUCAAACUACACUGAUCUAGCAACGCCUGCACGAAAUCUUCCAGUCUCUUCAUGGAGUCUAAUUUUUCUCUUGCCAAAUAACAGAUAAGAUAGCUGUGAAAACCAUGCUCCCAAUAUUAGCUCUAAGAGAGUUUGACUUCAAAUUCUGCACAAACCAAUCUGUGAGACAGUCAAAGCUAUUAAACGCAGGCAUAUUCCAUCCCAAAAGAGCACCAAACCAGUUCCAAACUCCCUUGGCAAAGUCACACUGAUAGAAAAUGAUCCGUAGUGUCUUGGUUCUGGAAUCAAUUUGUGCAAAUAGAACUAAGAUGAAAUCCCCUCUUCUGCACCUUCACAAAGGUAGGAAGCUUGUCAAGCAUUACCAAGUAACAAGUCACAUAGUUAUAGGUCUACCUUUUUUCCAACAAAUAUUAGAUCAAGGCUUUGCAUUCCUAACUAUUUCAAGCCUGCUUGAAGGAAAAAAGAACCACCAUCCCACAAAAUCUCAUUUUGACCUGCAUGAAUUUGAAUAUCAAGUAAGAAUUGAUUCAGAGGCUGCAAGUCUUCAUGAUUCAAAGCAGCAAAUUUCCUACUACCAUUUGAAAGAAGAACAUUAAGGUUGAAUUCUUAUCAAGUGGAAUCAAUCUAACUGAUCUAUGUCCAAACUCUCUGCCCCAAUGUCAUGCCUCCUCACCAUGGAUCUCAGUGGAAAUAUAAUAUAGAAGAAAAAGAGAGAGAAUUGUGUAAAGGCUAGAAUAAGAUAAAUAACUCAUUCAUAGUUCUAGUAUUUAUAGAUAAAAAGAGCACAUUCUCAUAUUACAAGGAAGGAAAUCUAAAUCAAAUCUAAAUCAAAUCACAGAAUAUUCCAUGGCAUAUUCUAUAGCAUAAUCAAAUCUCUGCUAAUACGGUAAGUCAUUCCAUAAAUCGUGGCUAUCAUAUAUGCUAACAAUGUCCAAAUAAACAAAUUGUAUUUCCAUCACCCACAUGAAAAGAAGCUACUGAUAAAAUAAUGUCUCUAACUGAGAGCAUCUGCUUCCAUAUAAUUUGACUGAGAGAUUGAAGGUAUACAACUCCGGCAGGAAGAGUUAGGUGAGUACUUAUUUUUAAACCAAGCUACACCCACAACCUAUCUUUUCCUUGGAGGUGAUCCCAAACCAUAGAACAAGCAGCAGCAGCUUCCAUAUCAUAUAUUCUUUUAACUCCAAAACCUCCUUCUACCUUGGGUAGAGUGAUCUCAUUUCAUAUAAUUAAGUCUAGACCUUUCAGUACUUCCACAAAUAAACAUAAAAAACUGAGGCUUGCAGUCUAAAAACUGAAUAGCAGAAAUAUAAGAACAGAGUGAUAAUUGAUCUCAGAAGCUCUAGUUUCUCUGCAAGAGAGAGCAUCUUGGAACUCCACGAACAAAAGUUAGCCUAAACCACAUCAAUAGGAGGUAAGCAAGCCUCCCUUUUGAAGUCGUACUCAUCAAGAGGAAGCCCUAAAUACUUGAUGGGUAAUGACCAUCCCUUGCAAUCCAAAAUAUUCAAGAGAGUUAUUUUCCUUCGUCCGGCUUUUGAAAAGAAGACCAAGCUCUUUCCUUUGCCGACGGAAGGUGCAGAGCAGUUCUCAAAUUUUGAUUAACACACCUCUAAUACCAGCCGCAGAAUUUAUGCUGGCAUGGGUGACAUAGUUAAAUCAUCUGCAAAAAGAUGGCAAAUGUUAAAACCAGCCUUUUUUUGUAGCAUGGGAUGGUUUAGGUCUGCCUUUUCUGUCCAAUUUUUCCAUUAAGUCAACUACACAUUUGAAAAGUAGAUGGGAUAAAGGAGAACACUGCCUCAAACCACUCUUCUGAUUGGAAAAAACCUUUGAUCGAUUGACCAUGACUGAGUGCCGUACUGAUUUCAAACAUUCCUUCAACCAAGCAAUCAACCUCUCACCAAAAACUUACCCAGGAGGGGUGGAAAAAGGCCUUUCACCAAAACCAUAGCUAUGGAGCAACUAAAACUAGAACUCCUAGUGGCCUAGUGGUACCAGGUUUCUAUUUUCCAAAGGGAGGUAAGGGGUUUGAACCUCGGUGGAGCCUUGGAGGCAUGUGUGUGUGAGUACCAACUAGAAAAGAAAAAAAAUAAUAAUAAAAAAAAAAAAAAAAAAAAAAA